AUGCUUGACAAGAGGGAUCCAUACCAGGAAGGGAGCAUUUGGUACUAUGCGCCCAACAAAGGCGCGCCUAUUGCCUUUGCAAUUCUCUUCGCAAUAUCCGGCAUCAUGCAUGGCUAUCAGACCUACAAGCAUAAGUCUUGGACAGUCACAGGGCUACUACCCUGGUCCGCCCUUCUUUUCACAAUCGGCUUUAUCUUGCGGACAGUAGGUGCUUUUGGCGAGUGGGGCAACGUAGAGAUCUAUAUCUCGAGCACCGUCUUCCUUUUGGCUGGCCCACCCGUUUACGAAGGUGCGAACUUCUUGAUCCUUGGUCGUAUACUCUACUACAUUCCUUACCUCUCGCCUAUACAUCCCGGCCGCGUAUUCUCAACCUUUAUUGGGAUGCUCUUCUUCGUCGAGGUUCUGACAGCGAAUGGAGCAGCACUCGUGGCGAAUACGGAGGCCACUCAGAAUCGCCGUGAUAUUGGAGAGGCGUUGCUCAAAUCUGCCUUGAUUCUGCAACUUGUACUAAUGGUCGGGUUCAUAUCUUUGACGGCUACGUUCCAUGGCAGAUGUCGCCGUGCUGGGGUUCUCACCAAAAGGCUCAUACGCGUUCUCACCGUCUUAUAUUGCAGCUGCGUGCUCAUCACCACACGCACGGUUUUCCGAACCGUGGAAUAUUUCUCUGCAGCUGGGCAGAACAGCUGGGACAACCCUAAUGAUGUCGACCCCAUCAUCAGGAAUGAAUGGAUUUUUUGGUUCUUUGAGGUCGCCAUUAUGUAUGCCAACACCACGAUGCUCAACAUUUUCCACCCAAUGGAGUGCUUGCCCAAGUCGAACAAGAUUUACCUUGCGAAAGAUGGUGUCUCAGAGAUCGAGGGACCUGGGUUCAAGGACCCCCGUCCUUGGAUUGUCACUUUUGUUGACCCCUUCGAUUUGAUCGCGUUGUUCUGCAAGAAAGGCAAGCAGCAGAAUUAUUGGGAGGUUGAGGAGGCUGGGCACCCAACUGGAAAGCAGAGUGACAAGGAGGUUGUCCAGCCCGCGUGUAAUGUAUGA